AUGGGUAUAAGCAGUCGGAGACGAAGCUCUGUCGUAGGGAAAAGACCAAAAAGUAAGUCGAACCAAAUAAAUGAAGUGAAGAACUCGUUUUACGUGGCCAUGGAUCAUUAUGACGAUGAUCUUGGUAAGAAGGAAUUAGAAGAGGCUGAAACUGAUGAGGUGGAUGAGUUUGAAAUUGAACAGCUGUUGAAUAUGGUUAGGAUGCCAUUCUAUUUGGAGAAAUACAUGGUCUUGACCUUGAUGGCUUCCUUUGACUGUUUUCUAUAUCAUUUCACUGGGUUACCCAUCAGAUUAAUUCAAAGGCUUCUAAAGAAGGAGGAUUCUAAUCAAUUGGCAAGAAAAAAGAGUUGGAUGGAGAGAACAUAUAAAGAACGUUCUCUUCUCUUUUUGAUAAUUGCAUCAUCCAUCAUCUUGUGUAAAUCAGAUACAUCCAUCAUAUACCAUAAGAUAAAAAGACAAAGCACUAUGAAGUUGUAUAUGCUUUUCAAUGUACUUGAGAUGGGAGAUAAGAUGUUGGCCAGUAUGGGACAAAGCCUCCUGGCUGUGGUUUUGUCAAGAAAGGGGUAUAGGCGAAAGACGUACAAUCGAAUUGUAUUGAUAUUCCUUGGCGUUGUUUAUAUUAUUGCACAUGGUUAUGUCCUAUUAUACCAAACUGUUGCAUUGAAUGUGGCUGUUAAUUCAUAUUCAAAUUCACUACUGACGUUAUUAUUAUCCAUGCAAUUUGCAGAAAUAAAGUCAUCGGUUCUCAAAAAAUUUGAUAAGGAAGGUCUAUUCCAAAUAACCAUAGCUGAUGCUGUAGAAAGAUUUAAAUUAUUGCUUAUCCUAAUGAUAAUAACAGUAAGGAAUAUUGCGACAAAUCCAGUAGCAUUGAGUUCCAUUUCCAUUAAUAAGACGUCAUCAGCAGUCGCUAAUUUUCUCAGUGGCCCAUUCAUUAGUGUAAUAGGAAGUGAAAUAAUAGUAGAUUGGAUCAAACAUGCAUACAUAACCAAAUUCAAUCGCAUUAGACCGCAAAUAUAUGAUAAAUUUUUUUUCAUCACUUACAAAGAUCAUUCAGAGAGCCUACGAAAGUUUCAAGAUAGACUAGGAUUAACGUUACCUACUUUCGUGGUCGUGUUUAUUGUCAUGGUACUGCCGACUUUGCUUCAAGUAUUGAGAUUUACCUCUUCGUUUAGAUUUUUACAAAGUCUACUGAUAAUGGCGCUUGUAUUUUGUCUUCUCAUCGUCGUGAAGUUGGUUUUGCAUGCUAUAUUGAGACAAUGGGAACAACGCAUUCAAAGAGAGUGGGAGUUACAGAAGCACAGUACUACUGUGACAGAGAAAGAAUACGUCCCAGGACUGUUGUCUGAUGGGAUGGGGCUAGUAGAUAAAUAUGCUCGAGAAAUCAUACACAGUCCCGAGCCAACUGACAAUGGGAUGCUGUCACCGCCAUCGUCAUCUCCCACUAGAGGGGAAAUCUUAGUACAACAUACACUUCCGGCAAGUCUGAAUGACAAACGCAGGACAAGGAACAAGAUGAACCCGCAGGGGUUGGAGCACGUUGCCCGCUACAAGAUGGUCUCCAAGAAUAUCUGGUAA